CUUUAGACUCAGCUCAGAUCAUCUGGCAGUCACGAUGACGCCGGCAGGGCUGACGCACGCUCCGCGCUCCCAUCCGAACUCUCUCCGCGUAAAUUAUUUCAGCUACCACACUUUACUGAAAUUAUAAUGAAGAAUUGUUCUCAUGCAUUUUGUUAACCCAGUGUCACGCGUCGCUUUAGAUUAAAUAAUAUUAGACGAGGUGGACAAAAUUUUUUGUUUAUUAUUUUAAGAUAGUUUGAUGUGAUUUAGACUUAUAAAAGUGAUGUUGAAAAUGUUUUUAGGCAGGCUUUGGAUUAUCUUGAAUUCCAAAGAGAAAAGACCAUGAAAACAAGUGGAGACUGAUGAAAAAUAAGUAGAGAUUAUAUUGUCCAAGAUGUCGAGUGACGUUACAAAGAAUGUCGCAUACUGCGUGCCUGGCGGGCAGGAUUUCCAAAAAGUCUACGUUCAAUUCCACGGCUACAUAUCACUCAUCAUCUGCUUACUCGGAUCUGCUGCCAAUUCCGUGAAUAUCGCCGUCCUCAGUCGAAAAGAAAUGACUUCCUCCACCAAUUCAAUAUUGACCGGUCUCGCCGUUGCCGACCUCUUAGUAAUGAUCGACUAUAUUCCCUUUGCUUUACAUAUUUACGUUAAAAUCGGAUCAGAACACAACCGAAACACCUACGGAUGGGCCGUAUUCGUUUACUUUCAUUCUAUAUUCAGCCAAACCUUUCAUACAAUCUCUAUAUGGUUGACGAUAACUCUCGCCGUCUGGAGAUUCAUUGCGAUAAAGUUUCCACAAAAGAAUAGAACAUUGUGUAACAAAAGGAAUACUAAUAUAGCUAUAGCUGUAGCCUACGCAGUUUGUCCAAUAUUGUGUCUUCCUAUAUAUUUUGCUAUGAACAUUCGGGAAACAGUAUUACCCCAAAAAAGUGAUAACAUGACUAUGAACGACACAGAAAUAGCUAACAUAUCCCACCGGGAGCCGGCGUAUGCGCUGCAAAUGACGGAUAAUGAGGAGUUGUUGACUGCCAUAUUUUGGAUAUACAGUGUGUUUAUAAAACUAAUUCCGUGUGUAGUGUUAUCGAUUUUAAGUGUUUUAUUAAUUCUAAAAAUGAAAUCAAGUGAUAGAAGAAGACAGAAGUUGCUAAAAAAAUCAGCGAUAACAUCACACGAGGGUGAGAAGACAAGGCUGAACGAAGACGGUCACGGCGGCGGCAGGCGCGGCGGCGGUGGUCGCACUGACCGCACUACCCGCAUGUUGGUGGCGCUGCUUGGCUUGUUUUUGGCCACGGAGCUGCCCCAGGCUCUCUUCGGGCUGUUGACUGCGAUCGCACCGCAUCUGUUUGGCGUAUGCUAUUACUCUUUCGGGGAGGUGAUGGACCUCAUGGCACUGGUGGGAUCCGCGGUGAACUUUGUGCUGUAUUGUAGCAUGAGCCGCCAGUUCAGGAGUACUUUCACCAGGUUGGCUCGUAAGGUGCUACCCGCGCCCAUGCCGAGGAACGAAGAGGCUUCAGUGCCACUUAAAGCGUAGCGCUCACAACCAGCAACCACAUCGGUUGCACAGCUCUGAGUUUCAAAAGUGAUUUUGGUCCAGUGCUUUUACAGCGAUGGGAUUUGACGAGGCAAGCGACUACUUAAAUGUGCUUCCUUUAGCAAUUUAUGCAUUUACAUUGAUACUUAGAUUUAGAUAGGUAAAGCUACAAUUUAGUUGUAUACUACAAAUACUUGAUAAAACGUGUGUAUCAUCUUUUUGUUCCGCUCUAUGUGGUGUCAGUAGCUACCUAAUGUAAGAUUUUUCUUUUUCUUAACAUUUCGUUUACUAUAUUAUAUUAUUCAUCAAAACAUCACCUUAUCUCUCCCAUAUAAUAUGUACCCAUAAUAUACAUUUGUAUCUGAGUUUAUGUUAUCAUACAUAACACAGAUUUACAACUUACAACGCCUUGUGGGUAAGAUACUUAGUGAUGAUUUAUGAGAUAAGAAAUUCAUUUAAACGACGUCAAGUUUCAGCUUGACAGGUAUUUAAGGUAAAGAGCAUACCACAUUCUGUUUCAAUGAUGUUACCCGAAAUUAAAAAUUUUAGAUUUCGCCACGUUUUGUCUCGAGUACGUACAUAUUAUUUUUGUGAAAUCAUUCAUCUUGCGUGCAUGUCACGUCGCUGCCGUAUUUUGUAAGCGUUGUUUUUACUUAUUUUGGGCGCUUUCAGUGUUUCAACUGUGUGGGACUUUAUGCAAAACCAAAAUAGGGAUGUUUGGGAAAAAAAUACCACUAUUGCUAUACUCGCAUUGACGACCAGAACUUGUGGUUGCUGGCUCAUUGCUCAAUAUUGACAAAAUUUGGUCUUAUCCAUUUGGAUGAUGUUAUAAAGUUGAUUGGGAAACUUAAAUAAGGUCCCUAGAACUCUAUUUGUAGACUGAUUGCGACCACAUUAGAUAAAAUUGAAGACGAUUGUUCGAUUUAUGGUAAUGUUAUCAAUUAAAUGAAUUAAAAGGUGCUUACUAUAUUAUUAUACAGUAAACGUUAAGUUAGCUUUUAUUUUAUAGAUGAUCAAUUACGAACCAAAUCGUUUAGCUUAGGUAGGUACAUCGAUGUUUAAAGUAAUAAUAAAAAUAAUAGAUGUUUUUAUGUAAAUAUUGUAUUUAUUAAAAUAGAUUUCUGUCAAGUUUGUGUAUAUUAAAUUAGAAAUUGGAUAUAACUAGAUACCUAUGUCUUGUGUCUGAAUUUAAUAUGUAUUGAUAUAUACUGUAUGCUGUAUAUUCGAUGAGAUCAUAAAUAUGGAUGACUUUUUCCUACUGGUCGAUGUAUUUCCACUGAAUGUGCCAAGUCAUCCACCUUUAUAACGAAAAUAAACAACAAAACGUAACGAUGUUUACCAACAUUUGGAUGAAUCGAAUAAAGUUCUGGAAUUGAAAUAUCUGAUUGAACCAUUGUACUCAAAGUUUAAUUUAGUAAACUUGAUUUAUGUAAUUGUCUUUAUGAAAAUCCGUAGAAGGCGGCUAAAUUAAUUCAUAGUCUAAAUUGACAUUGAUUAGAACAAGUGUCACGACAUUGCGUAUAAUUUAAUUAAUUUUAUUAUAAUUAUUUACGUUGUACUUUAUUUUAAACGUGUUGUAGAAUCCAUUUUAAUCUAAUAGUGAUUUCGUGUAGUCUAAAAAUAUACUAUGUUAUAUGGGUGGUAACAAUUAUGCGCAUACUACUAACUCCAAUAAGAAAUAAGUAAAUUUCUUAUAGACAUGCCGUAAACUAACUUAGUUUUGUUAUUAUUAAGCUAAACUCUAUUCAGUUUAAUAAGAACAAAGCCAGAAUUACUGCUUAUAACACCAUCGAGAGAUAACAAAAUUAGUGGCGAUAUUGAGGGAACUUUCCCGAGUGAAACUGGGAAUCCCGAUGAUGAGAAGGAAACUUUUACUAUAGCGUCUCAAACUUGUAUUACAGUGCAUUAACGGCAAACUAGAAACUGCGAAGAAAUACGUGAGGAGCAAAUGUAAGUAUUCAAUUAAUCAAGUAAGUAAUUAGAGUAGACAUAUUCGGGGAAGUUUGAAAUCAUGUUGUCCUUAGUAGUCUUUGGGUCCAUGUCCCAAAGCAACUACCUUAACUUCAACCUUAACAAGUGCACAACCGCCGCCCUCGUUAAAAAGAAAAGU